GUCAAAAGUAAAACGAAUUUGUUUCUCUAAAUGUCAAAAUUUUAUGUGAUGCUGAAAGUUUUCUUUUGAAUUUCAAAAUUUGAAGUGUUUUUACUCGGAUUUUUAGGUCUUGCAAUGGCACCAAAAUCAGCUUUUAAGAAGGUGAAGAUCGAGUAUCCUCCUGUACCAAGAAAAAAAUGGAUACCACCUGAUGAAAGACCGAAGGAGCCAAGAGUCCCCGCCUAUGUCAAACCUAAAGGUAUAAGUCAGCCCCUUAAGAUUUCAAGUUUAGUAAGGAUAUGGCAUAAGUUCGUUCUUUACCAAAAUAGCAGAUAUGUGUUGGCUGGUUCUUUCAGUCAGACGCACAAAAGAUUCAGGUUGAAAACCAAUGGAAUGCAAGGAUCCUGCAACUGUAUAGUGGCCUGCAUAAUGGCAAAUAUAUUCAAGAUGGAGCAAUGGGACUUCAACGUCAUGAACCAAAUUCUCUUUGUUGGGGACAAACUCUACGAGAAAAGCAUUCUUAAGAUCGGAGACAGAUCUUUGGGCUCCUUAACUGUGACCCAAGUGUAUCCUACGUUCUACCUCCACAGGUAUAUGAUUACCUUCCAAGUAGUAAAUCCCAAAGAACCCACAUCAUUGGUUGUAUCUGUUGAACAUGAUCAAGUAGGAACACUCACUUCCACAUUGACUGAAUUCCUAGAAAAGCAUCAUUGCGGCGCUAUGAAGAUAGAGAAAAAUCAUAUAGCCAUUUGGAAAUACGACAGCGCGUUCUUUUUGUUUGACCCUACGGAACAUCAAAAGGAUGGUGAAAAGUGGCAUGGACUUGUGUCAACAGGAUUCUCGAUCUGCGUGCGAUUCAUAAAGAUUCAAACUAUGGCCGAAUUCAUUGUGAAUGAGAAUAUCAAAGGAAACACUUUGAGGUUGAAAAUAUGGCCUUUAGAGCUGAUAAGGUGUCAGAUGAUGUCUUUGAAGGCGCCGGAGAAUUUGGACGAUAUCAAAAGGCAGGCCGAGGAUUUAGAGAAAUUGAAGGAAGCUUCGAAAACAUAUCAGGCUAAAGAAGCCCGCAAACAAGCCUUACAGAAAGCCAAAAACAAAAAAGAAGAUGCUCCAGUUGAAAUCAGGUCGGAGAAAUCCAUUGAGAACAUGCGUAGAGCUGAAGAGAUUUCACCGGACUUGGAAGUACAAACCACAAAAAGUCUCACCGCCUUGAAGAGGUUGGAAGAAAGAUGCAAGAUACCGAUGGAGCCCCAUUUGCAAAAAAGUAUCACGUUUUUCACGGUCCUAGAAGACUCUAAGAUGGGUAUCAUCCGCGCCGCCACCCACCAAUUAGAUAAAAAGUUCUCCAGGUUUCGUGACGGUGAACAGAGCCUCUCCCAAGCGGUUGCUGCCCUGGUGAUGCGACGUUGUGCCCCUACUCAUCACUGGAUCAAGAAAUACGUCAACGAUAUUUUGAAACUGGGUGAAGUCAUCCACCAUAAGUCAACAAAAACAAAAACGGAAGGACCCUUUGGUUUGUCGAACAUCGUCGACAAGAUUGUCCAUCCUCCAGGGCAGUAUACCCUUGACUACGAGGAAUUGGCGCUACUUGGUAAGCUAGAAUCAGACGUGGAGGGUGUUUUGGACUUAUUACCCGCCCUGAUGACAUUCCUAAGAACCUACGACUGCUGCGUGGUCAACGGACCGGUAACACUAGCCGUUUGGUACGAGGACAAUAGGUAUUACAUGUACGAUCCAAAUGAAAGAGAUGAUAAGGGAAGGGCAAUUGACAAGGCGAAGUCAAACGCCGAACUGGGAACAGCUUGUGUCACCUGGUUCUCUACACUGAAGGAUCUGGUGAGGUUGUACGUCGAAAAUCUACCGAAGGAGCUAAGAAGAAAUGAUUUUCACCUGAGCAAGGUGAUUGUGGAGGAUUAUGUGGGCAAACCUGAGAAUUGGAACAACUUUCAAGGCAUAGUCAAGGGCAAAUGGAUAUUGAGAGGCACCUUGAAUCAAAGCAGCCACGUUUUCUCAGCCGAAAGCAGGAACUCCCAAUGCACGGCUAACGCUGUGAUGUCCAUAGCAUUUCUGCAGAUCAAGGAAGCUGAUAAGUGGAGUAAGAAGACUAUAGAUCAAGUUCUCAUGUCCGGUGACGAGUUUUAUAGGGCCACAGUAGAACGCUUAAAAGAGACCAAUAAUUUCGUCAGCAAGAUGCUGAUGGUUGAUGAGUUGAACAGAAACUUUUCGUUCAGUAAUAAGGAGGUCGUGUUCGACAUUAUAGAUUGCUGUGUGAACGGCAUUCUGGGUUAUCCUGACCGUGGAGAUGUCCUCAACGUGAAGACGGGUCUCAUGAAAUUCUUCCAAGAAUUCGACUUCGGCGUCCUGACCUGCAGAAAUAUAUCCCUCGGUGUUUGGAGAAUCAACGGUGACUAUUUCGUCUUCGACUCCCAUAGCCUAGAUGAGAAGGGGAUUAUAGCAGGUUACGGAACUGCCUGCGUAAUGCGAGUACUUACUGUCGACGAACUUUCCAAAACCAUUGAGACCAACCUGAAGCCUGACAAGCUCAGCUACUUCAACAUCAGUUCUGUCAAUGUCAACCUGUUGGAGGCAGAAGAGGAAGGAGGCACAGUAAGGUUACCUUUGAACAACUUUAAGCAAAUGGGAGACAACCAAGACAUUGCAAUACUGGCGUCCAAGUCGAGCUGCAAGAACAAAAAGUACGAAUUUAACGCGGGUAAACAAACGGUACCAAUGUGCAUUGCUGCGCUGGGCAUGAAUAGACUAAGGCCGAGCUCCAAAUGGAAUGAAGAUACCCUAGAGAUCAUCCUAGAUAUAGGGCACAAAUAUUUUGAGCAAUGUAUGGCGGAAUACGAAGCAAACCCUGAAGUAAUCGAGGAGGACAAGGGGAUAGUCUCGAAGUACUUGAUGAACAAUUUCAAGAUUGGCUUGAACAAGAUGGAACUGAAUUUACAGCUGCUUGCUGAAGGUUUUGUCGAAGACGGUCUAGCACAAACGAUCACCGAUUACUAUACGGCAAACGACAAGAUAACAGAUCAAAACUACUUAGAGAUAUUGGUGGAAACAGAGAAUAUAACCGUGUCGGUUUGGAAGGACCAAAAUCUCUUCUAUAUUUUCGAUCCUUACCCACGAGACGCAAAUGGUCAAGUCAUCGGAAAAGAUGCCUGGAGCGCUAAGGUAGAAGCUCCAGAAGUGGAGGCCGGCGAAGGUGGUGCCGAGGAACCUGCUAAGGCACCCAAGGCAGGGGAACCUGCAACGGAAGAGGGUGGUGGAGAUUUGGGUGAAGAGGAAGAGAAAGAAGAAGAAAAACCAAAAAGGCCUAGAUCUAGCGGUGAGGGGGUAUUUGAAGAAGACGAAGAAGAGCCAGAAGACCCUGAUGCCGAGGGUAAGGCUUGCAUACUCUUUUUCUACAACCUUGAAGACGUUGUGAAUCACAUCCUCGAGAACACUAGACCCAAUCAGAGGUCUAUGAUGCCGUUCACCAUAAACAAGGUGGAGAUUAAAAACAUCCCUCUCGUGAAAGAGAUCUUCAAUAAGGACUUCGGUGAGAGAAAGGACAGCUACUCCGGCAACUGGUACAACUUCGUGGAGUUGGACCACGGUCACUGGAUAUUAAGAGGGCAAAUCGAUCUUAAGAACGAGAUGUUCCCGGAAGAGAAUAGGGGCAAGCAGGUGUAUCCCAGUAUCAUAUCCGCCUUGGCAUUCGCCAAGCUCUACGCUAUGAGCAAAAUGAAACCUCAACACCUCACCUCGAUACUAUCAUAUGGAGAUCGUUUGCUUACGUACACCAAGCGCUUGCGCAAAGAGGCGCUUGCUCAGGAUAAAACGCUCAAUCUCCUGGAGGACGAGAUCAAAGCCAUAAUCAAAAACGAUAAAUACGAAAUAGAGUCCUACCCGAAAUCAUUCGUCAUUGGCGAUUCCAAGGUAAACUGGACCGUCACCAAGAAUAUUCUCAAGGGAGAUACGACUGCCAAAACGAGCCCGGAUAUUCUAGACGUUCAUCGAGCCUUGAACAAACUCUUCCAAAUCUCCUUCUACGGUAUAAUCGAAAGUAAAGGAUACUCUGUCGGAGUCUGGAAAGGGUCCACUGUUUACUACAUGUUCGAUCCUCACAAUACUGGAAUCACCGGAGCUAGAUCCCCUAUCGGUUACCCCUGCAUUACCAGAUAUCUGAAAACGGAACUUCUGGCUGAUAUAUUUCUUCAGAACAUACCGAUCGAGGGGCUCAACGUCUUCACUGUCCACCAGGUGACCAUGAACGAAGAACGCUACCAGAGGACGAAGGAUAUCAUGGAAAAAGCUGGAGCUGCACAACCCAUUAAGAUAUCCGGCUUCACCGAGGUAAUUCCCGGCAAAACGAUCCUGCGCGGAAGUUACAGCCAGGACGAUCCCAAAUUCGGCAGAGGAGAGAACGUGCUCAGCGCGCCGGUGGCCUAUAUCGCCCUGACCAUGUCUCUGAUCCACAAACCGGAGACCUGGGCUAAGCCAAUAGUGGACGAGGUGAUCUGCGUGGCGGACGAACUCUUCAAUCACACGAUGAUGGUGGCCGAGCCUGAUUUCAAUCCGUGGGAGGACACCAUGGAUCCCCACAACGUUGCCAAAGACUACAGGGUCGGUGUACUGCAGGCCAAUCUGCAGAUAAGAAACAGCGACCAAGCCGGCAUUCUGGACAUUAGGGAUACAGUAGUGUUGAAUCUGAGACAAGGUUUGGAACGAUUCUUCAUGGAAAACACCCACGGUAUCAUAUAUUCACCACCAAACAUUUGUUACGCCAUCUGGGAACAGGAAAAUGAUGGUCAUUCUAUAUUGUACAUGUUCGACCCUAACAAAAGAGGACCGACCGGUCUACCUUCGCCACAUGGUGUCGCCUGUGUUCUCACUUUUGCUUCCCCUAAAAUGGCUGCAGACCACAUCCUCGCAUGUAUAAAAGACCCUCAAGACAAACAUCAUCAGUACACUAUCUUGCCCGUUGAGAUCACCGUGGGUCCGUUCAAGACGUCCAAGGCAAAGAAGAAAACUGGGACAACGGAAGGAUGUUGCGAUGACAAGCAGAGUUUGAUGAAAAAACUGGCCCAUCAAACCACCAUAGAAGAGAAGAAAACCGCCAAGAAGAGGGCAAUGAUACAGAAGAAGAAGAAAGAUGACAAGAAAAGAUACUGGCAAGGUAGGACAGGCUACUUCGACAUUCCAAAAUGCCAGGCCAUCCUCAGAGGCACCCGCUGCCUGACCUCAAACUGCUACCAGGAGAAAACCAGAGGACUCCAAGACAUCCCAGUAUGCAUCGUGGCGUUCGUUGCCAAUCACAUCGUGCCGAUAAGCGAGUGGACCUGGAAGGAGAUAGACGCCGUCCUCGACACCGGCGAUCAGCUAUACAUAGACUCUUACAUCGCGUACAGUCCCAGAAACAAGAAGCUCGGCCUGGAGAACAUCAUCCGCAACAUCUUCAUAAUGAACAACAGGGCUCACGUGACCAUAUACAAGCCGAUCUCGAUACUGGGCUUCCACGCCAACCAGCUGACUAGGAACUUCGACAAAUGGUUCCUGGACGAGAACUUCUGCAUGCUGAACUACAUGGACCAGUGGGUGGGGGUGUUCUUCAAGAAGGGGUAUUACUUCCUUUUCGACCCAAACCAGAGGGGAGCGUUGGGAUGCAGAUCGGCAGUGGAAGGUGCCGCCUGCGUGCUCAGAUUCGAGAAACUGGAUGACCUGUCUCAGAGGCUGGUCAACAAUCUCCUGCCCGCGGAUCAGAACGCAGAGGAAGAGAGGGAGGAAGAGUACGAGCUGGUGCUGGUCAGGCUUGAAGGAGGCAUCUGUCAAUGUAUCUGAGUAUAUUGAUUUCAGAUUGAACUCGUGCCAUUUCAUCUUGAAUAUAGGAAGAAGCCAAAUUGAUCUGAUAGACGUACAGAGUCGGAUCUUUCAAGUUAUCGAGCGUAAGUCAAAGAGUGUUCAACUCGCUUCCAGUUGAGAGUUUACUUCUCCAGAAAUAAAGGUGGUGGCAAAAAUCAUGAUUUGUCCAAACAAUGUCAAAUGUUGUAUUUCCAUUGAGAAUAAUCAUUUUGCUGCCUAGGCAGAAAAGUCCUAACUUUGCUGCCUAGGCAGGAAAAGUAAUACUUUGCUGAUUAUUAUGUGUCUGCAAAUUUAAUACGGAGAAAAAAUAAAUAUUUUUUACUUUGACGACCUACCGAUCUCGCGGACACAGGUAGGGUGGGUUUGAAUGUUUUUUUUAGUUCACAAUUUACUUUCUACUAAAACAUAAAGAAAUAAUAAAACAUUUCAUAAAAAUUUGCUGUUUUUGAUCUAUUGGGUAUUUUAUUCUAGGAUAUCAAGAUCGCUUCGGUAUAAAAGCUGAAUAUGAAACUUUUACUUCAUAUGCAAAAUACAAACGCUGGUUAUAUUGAUUUACUAUGAGUACGACAUCAUUGUUUAAUUCAUCUGGAUGAGGAGGAGUCAGGAGUUAUGAUAUGAUCCUUGAAAUUAACAUAAACAAACCACCUUUCGUUCUCCAACACGAAUGCGAAAUUCGAAAACGAGCGACGAAGGAGCGAAUUUUCGGAAUUUGGAACGUACAUUUCGAAUUUUGAUAUAAUUUACAUUAACGCAUUAAAUUCGUGAAUUAUGUCUCACGAUAUCGAUUUAACACUACCAGAAUUAAGAUAAAUUGCGAAUAAUGUUGCAUAUUCAUUCCACUAUAUCCAAAUUAUUAUAUAGUGACGUGUGUUGAAAUUUGAUAGGAUCGGAAGUCAGUGUUGACAAGCACAAAACUCGAAUUCUCACACGAAAUUCCAUCAAUAUCAUAAAAACCGAAUCCCAGAUAUUGAGGUCUUGCGAAUUCCAUGUUCGCGCACGCGCGUCAUAUGUUAUUGAGAACUGAAAUUUGAGCUACAACUCAAAUCAGAGACCCAGAGAUUUGAGUCAAAUCAGAUAAGGUAAUGAAAUCGGAGCACAAAACAUUUUUAAACUCAAAAGUGAUAACAAUUAAUCCUUCGACUUUCAGUGAACUCUGAAGCAAUUGUUAAAAUUUCAUAAUUACUGAUUUGAAAAGUAUUGUCUUUGAUGCCUCCUUCAGAUAAUUUAUAAAUUACCAUCAAAUAUAAAAUAUGUACAUUUAUUCCGAGUUCUUAUCCAUUAAGACUGAAGAAAGGAAUUAAUAUAUUCUCUUUGUUUCAGAAUUGCAGAGAAUGAAGUCUAUUUCCACUUAAAAGCAAAAAUAUAUAAACCAAUUUUUAAUGUGAUUGAGGAAUAAAUUUUGAAUUUGUCUUGAA